AUGCUGGCGCCUGCUAUCUUUCGUCGGGGGUUUCUUCCAGCCCUUUUGGCUAUCAUUGUAUGUGCUGGACAUGCUGCCGCAGCCAAGGAAGUCUAUAUCCCCUCGUCCUGGGCUAGCACAGGCGAAGUCCCAUGGACUCAGGACCGUACCAAGCAGUCGAACAACUUCAUUUUGUUGUGGGGUGAGAAGUCUGGCACCAACCCAGUCUCGGCACCAUCCGACUAUGCCUUCGACCCUGAUGAUAUUAUUGCCCAGCUCGAGAAACUCUAUUCGUUCUACGUCAAUGACAUGAAAUUCACCCCUGAAGCCGGCCUUCUAGCACAGUAUAAGAUCAUCGUCAUCAUCACCCGAACAUGGAACCGCGUGGAGUUGGAUGGAUGGGCUACAGGUGGUAGCGCCGAAGGCAAAGUCGGCGUGAUCAAUGUUGCUCCUGGUGCUGCAUUACCUGGUUCCUGGGGUCUUGCUCACGAACUCGGACACGUCUUCCAGAAUCUUGCGUUCCUGGGCAAGUCCGGACUCGGUUUCACAGACGCAUCGUCGGGAACCUUCUGGGAGGCGAGUGCCGAAUAUAUGGCCAUGCAGGUCUACCCUGAUGGAGGAGCCGGUGAUCUUACUCGCUUCCUGCGCACCGAGAACCUCGCCUACUCAUCAAGCAGGCAUCAUUAUGGUGCCUGGAUGUGGAUUCAGUAUAUCGUCGACAAGAACAACAGCAUUGCGACCUUCAACCGCUUGUGGAAUGAGGCAAAGAAUACCGAGAAUCCUCUGCAGACCUACGAGCGACUUGCCGGCCUCACUCACCAGCAAUUCAAUGAGCGGAUGGGCGAGUAUGGGCAGCACCAAGUGACGUACGACUACACCAACAACGCCACCUUUAUGCCAUUCAUCGAGAGCGUGUACGGCUACGAGUUCAUCAAUGCAUACAACGGUAUCGCCGUCGAUGCGGUGAAUAAGAAUGCCGGGCACUACGCUGUCCCAACAGCCCUCGCACCAUCUGACUACGGCUACAACAAGAUCAAGCUGGUGCCUAGCAGUUCUGGUGCUUUGAUCAAGCUCCACUUCAAGGGCCAUGAGAACAGUGCUGCGGGUUCCGGCUGGAGCUACGGCUUCGUCGGCGUGACGAACAAGACCCCUCGCUACGGACCAAUCUAUACCGCAGCGGACACUCAGAUCGAGUUCCAAACCAAGGCCGGCGAGGAGGUUUACCUUGUUGUGGUGGGCGCGCCCUCGACUGUGCACAAGUAUAGCUUCGAGAGCGGUUACACCAACCAGUAUCGGUAUCCAUACGAGUUCGGCAUCAGCGGUGCGGUACCCUCUGGUUAUGAAUCCGGCUACACCAAGCCAGCGGCCGUCGGUGGCAGCUGGCAUAGCAACGGUGGCGGCUGGGUCAGCAGCCGAGCAACGGUUGCUUCAACCGCAUAUGUAGGUCCACGAGCGGCAGUGUACGGAAGCUCGACUGUUAGUGGAAAUGCUCGUAUCGAGGGGCUGGCCUGGGUCAAUUCGGGUGCAACCAUCAGUGGCAAUGCCGUGGUCAAGGACAAUGCUCUUAUCCAGGGCGGCGCCAACCUGUCUGGCUCGAUGGUUGUCGGUGGUGAUGCUGAGCUGGCCAUCGCCUGUUCUUCCGGCACGUACUUGAGAUUUGAUGGAGAACGUGGAUGUGACGGAAAGGCAGGGGAAACGGAUGUCAAUCCCUCAAUAACGUAUUUUACUGAUGCUCAGGUGGCUAUAAGCUAG